UUUUCUCGAAGAUGGAGUGUAGCCGCAUCGUUACCCAGCAUGCAUUGCGAAACGCGGUGGUCUGAAGAACAUAUGCUUGUUGUUAUUGCUGCUGUGUCACAAACCUCGAAUCGGCACGGAAGCAGGAGCGGGCGGCAGGUGUAGAGCGUGGUAUCGAGAAGUUCAAGAAACGUAGUCGUAAGACAGGCAAAGGUCAAGCGAUCGGACGAACAACACAAACGGGGUCAGGCAGAGAGCGUAGACGAAACCGGAAACAAGGGUCGAGGAUCACGAGAAGACAAACUAACUAGAACGGCUUGGUAACGCAGAGAAAUGAGUUGACUGAACGUAUACUUCGCAUUGCCUCUAGGUGAAUGACAUCCCUAAGUACUAGCGGUGAGAGUGCAUGUGUGUGAUUGGUGCCAGGUGUGUCUGAUCAGAACUCCGGGGAUGGUGAGCACAUGCGUGCAUGAGAAGUUUGGCGAGAUGCCUGGUUUACAAGAUGGUUCAGAUGCCGUUCCUCAAUCCAUGAUGGCAGCUCUUGAGCUGUUCUGUAACUUACCAGAGCAGUCAUAUGAGCACUUCCUGUCCACCUUCACACACCUGAGCACAGAGAAUGUAACUGCUGGGUGUUUGAAAGUUCCUGAAGAAGAAAACAAAACUGAUCUUGUAGAGCUGGACAGAAGAGACGACGUGAACGUGGACAGAAAGAUGUGUGUGUGCUUCCUGGUGAGGUUGAGGAAGAUUUGCCAGCCCACACUCCUGUUUUCUGUCACCGCACACAGCUUGAGCUCUCCUGUACUGAUAUGGACUAUAGGGGACACACUCCACCCAGCAAUACAGACAGUCAGAGCUGUGACAUCAGUUUCUCUCCCCAGAGUGAAACUGAGGAGGUUGUGCCUUUCAGUCUGGAUGACACCUUCGAUUAUGACAAUGUUGCACUGUCUCACAAGUAUCCUGUCAAAUCCAGCAACUGUGGAUCAUCAUGACUUGGCGUCCCCCACCUUGGUCCCCAAGUCCCCUGGGAUAGGCUCCGGGCUUCCCAUGACCCUGUGUAAGAUAAGCGGUAUAGAAAAUGGAUGGAUGGAUGUUAAUAUGUUUACAGUAUUUAGCAGACCCCCUUGUCUGGAGUGACUUACAGAAAUGCUUUUUUAGUCUCAGAUGACACCAUCAAAAACAUAUCCUCAUGCUAGUUAAAUAGGUCAGAGUCUAAGAAUACCAUCAAGCUAAAACUAUUACAGGAAGUUAGUAAAGAAGUUAGUAGAAAACACAACACACCAGUCAAGAGAUUUUUUAAAUGAAAUAAUUGCUAAUUCAAGUACUUUGUGAAGACAUAAGUCUUCGGGCUUUGUUUGAAGACAGCCAGUGAUUCAGUUGUUCAAUCUGCUAGGGGAAGUUCAUUCUACCACUUGGGUGCUAGGACAGAGAAGUCUUGGUGCAGGUCUUUGUGGUACCAUAAGAAUGGUGUCAAUUGAGCCAUGCUAGUGGCUCAUAGGGAACAUGGUUCAGAGCACAGUGUGAUACAUGAGUUCAGUUAGGUUGGGGCUGGUCUGUUUUUAGCUUUGUAGGCAAGUAUUGGUGUUAAUAAGCCAGUGGAGGGAAGGCAGCAAUUGGGUAGGCAAGCAGAUACGAGGCAAACCACCACCAUGCUGUGCCACCAAUUUCAAGACUUGUGAAAAUAGACAGGAGAGUCUUGUGAUUGACAAUGUCAAGGGGGUUCUGAAAAGUCAAGGAAGUUAAGGACCAAUGACAACUUGGCUGAUCUCUCAGUGUGAAGCUUUUCAGUAACAGCCACAAUGGCAGCGCAUGUGGAGUGUGUUGCUUUGAGCCCAGACUGCAGAAGAUCUUGGUGGUCAUUCUGGAUAAGAAAGAGAGACAACUGAUAGUACACAUUCAAGGAUUUUAGAAAGAAGGACAAAUGUGAUAUUAGUAAGUAGCUGCUGAUGUUUGAGGGAUGGGAUCCUGCUAGCAGGAUGGGACAAGAGAAUCUGCAGAAUCUGUUCUGUAGAAAGAGGAGAAAAGUGUGUCAAAGUGAUAGGAGCACAGGGGGGAAUGUGCAGCACAAGAAUAGGGGUAGGAUAAAAGAUUGGCAGGUUUUGUUAAUCUUUUCACUGAAGUAGUUGUCAAACUCAUGACCAGUCAGGGAAAGGGAGAAGGAGGAGGGGGUUGUUAAAGUUUACAUACAAAGUUCUCUCUAUGCCUCUGUUUUCUCUUAACUGUUUUAUUGAUAUUAAUACAGCUCUAAAAGGCUCUUAAUGAUGAUACAGUGCUUGUAUGAAUACAGUGAUGAUGAUACAGUGUUUGUAUGAAUAAAUUUGUGAAUUAUGGAGAUCAACUUUAGUGAUACUUUGGGAACAUGAUGAAUGAUCACAGCCAUCAUACUGGUAGGGAACUGAUUGAAUCCACUAGUUUCCACACUGGAGUCCUAAGCAAAUAUCACCAUUUGCUGCAUAGCACUUUAAUCCCAUUUAAAAACAUUGUUCUUUAUUCUAAAUUGUUUGUAAUAUACUGUUUACCAUACACAAUUUGAUAUGUGUCAUUUUGUGGGUGAAUACAUGUGCCUUGGGUGUGAAUCCCCCCCACCAUCCCCCCAGUCCCGUCAUUUAUACAGCUAUGUACUAAAUAUGAUUUGUAGUGUGAAACCUUGUUAAAGCUUUUCUGGCAGGAAGCUUUUUUUUUAUGAGCCCCACAUGUAUUAACACCUUAAAAUCUUGGCUUAUUAGUCAUAUGAGUGCAUAUUAUUUGGGCAUGACUAUGAAUUAUUCAGCUGUGAAAGUAAUCGGAAAACUAUCUAGAAAUAUAAGUCUGCAGUCACCAACAGGUUUUGGUUAAUUUUUGAACUAUCGCUGAACAGACAUUGCCUUUUACGCAAACAAAAUGGAUAAUGGAUAGGAUGUUAACAGUAUAAGUGUCCCUGCAUGACAUAGAAGAACAAAGGUUAAAAAUAUUUACUCCAGUGUUAAAAUCAUCCUGGGAUUAAUGGGUAGGAGGUAAAACAAAAUAGAUUUUUUACCAUGUUCUGGAAUGUGUGCAUAUGCUGUUGCAUAUCCUAAAUCAUUACAGAAUUUUGUAUGAUUACACUCUCCUGGGUAAUAGAGUGACUUGUCAUUUUUUAAUAUUAAUAAUGAUUUCGUUCCAAUAUCAAUUUUGUUUCAAUAUCCUUACCUUAGCAGUAUCCAGGAAUCAUGAAUUGAUUCUUUUUGUUAGUUGUGUGAGCUACAAUGUUCUCUUGCGUUUCUCUCUCACUUCCUUUGAGUGGGCUUCCUGGCCUUGAAGCUGAUAGGCAGACACUAAUUGCCUUUCAUGGCUCUUAAAGCUAAAAUCACACUGUCUGCCACAAAAUCUCUGGCACCACACUGUUAUUUAGGGUGUGCUGAAUGUUAGGAUGAAAGUAGCCUUUUAUAGACACUCACUGUGAAUUUCACUUUAAAGACAAUUAUUUGUCAGACCUUAUAUUGCUGUCUCUCUGGAGGAGGAAGCUGUACAAUUUUAUCCCAGGGUCUUAAUUUACAUCAUUUUUAAAACAUUUUUUUUGGGUAGCAGGAACAUCAUAUGCACAAACAGAACUGAAACAGAAGCUCCCAGGGUUCAGGGUGGCCUUACACCUGAAGGAGUUAGAUCACAUUGUGGACCCUAAUGUAAUUUACUCUUCUCAUCAACUAAUGCAGCGCAAAUCCAUUUUUGGCCAAGAGGGAAGGGCCACAUACAUUAACUUGAUGGUGAGCCGGAGCCAAGAGGCCAACAAAUGACAGGAAAUGCAAUUACAGGCCACCUCUUCCAGUGACACCCCUCUACCCUGAACAAACACAAAUGAACACAAAUCAAAGCAGUCUUUGUAAGCUUGAAAACUAUGUAUACAGCUUUCACUGUGCCUGAACUUCUGAAUAUUUGAGCCAAUCCCUCAAGCAGUUCGCAUCUCAUUUGACAGGUAUAGGGUGAGAAUUUCAGGUGAGAAUUUCAGCUGUUCAAUAUUUUAAGCUAUAAGUAAUUAAGACCAACCUUAUCUCAUAUUGCUGUAUCCAGAGUCUGGAACUAGUAGUGUGUACAAUGCCUCAAUUUUUAAUCCUGCCAAUAUCAGGAUUGCCCCUUAUCUGCCACAGCACUGCAAUAAUCAGUCAUUAUAUUAGGCAAAGUGCUAAGGUGAGCAAGGAAUCGGUGUUUGUCUUGUCUUGUUCAGGUGAGAGAAGCUAGUAAUCUACAUGUGUCAUCAUCAUUCACUUGUUUGGUUUAAAAGGAUAAGUUAAGCAUCUGUGUAUAUAUUAGAUUCAGUAGGGGUCAUUUCAUUUAACAUAUGUCUUAUUAUGUUUAAAUAUUUAAAAUAUUUAUAGUUAUAAUAUCCACUUUAUUGACUUUGAUUGGUUCACCCUCUGACCCCAGAGAACUUGAUGAACUAACUGAUUACAUAGAGUCAACAUUUUGCUUCAUACUAUAUAAUCUUGCCCCACUUAAAAAAUAAUUAAGGGAAUUUACACCCAAAAAUGACUACAUCCUAUACCUAUGCAUUUUCUUAAACAAAUGCUACCCGAAGCAAUCAAACCUCUUUUAAUAAUAAUAAUAAACUCCUCCCUUAGCAUUGUCUAUGUAAAUUGUUUACAUUAGCAGUUAUCAAAUGAUUGAUUAAAAAUCUGACCUUGACCCAUGUAAACUAUGAAACUAUAGACCAAUAUCAAACCUAUUUAUCUCCAAGAUUGUAGAAAAUUUAGCACAGUAGCUAAGGUCAUCCUUUCAAAGGCAUAAAUACACAGAAUCUUAGGCAAGAUUUAGGCCUCAUCACAGUACUGAGGCAGUGCUGGUUAAAGUAGUAAAUGACCUACUGCUGGUAUCCAAUCAGAGUUGUGUCUCCUUAACUGUGUUGCUCGAUCUUACGAGGAUAUUAUCUGUUCUGUCUCUUUUGAGCUGUAUGUGUGA